UUUUAUCUAGAGAAUCAAAAAAGAGAGUUUAUUUUAUCGACUAUUAAGUUGAAAAAAUUGCAAAUUACGAAAUAUCAAUUUUUAGCUUAUCGAUAUUUUUGGCAGCCAUCAUUAUUUCUUCCGCCAGCAAUGCCAUCAUCAUUAAUACAAGCUCCCACUUUAUUUUGUUCAAUAUGUUUGCAAAUGUUCACAAAUUUCGUUGAUUUAUCCUUGCAUAUAAACGUUCAUCAUCGUCCUAUGAAUAAUCCGAUUCAUAUGGUUGAAAAUUCACUAAUAAAAGACGAAACAAUAACGGAGAGGACUAAAAAAGCAAGGAAUACUUCAACAACAAGCAUAUCGCCAUCGUGUAUUUGUCGUAUUUGCGGUAAAAAAUUCUCUCGAAAUUGGCUACUCGAAGGACAUAUCAGAACACACACUGGUGAAAAACCGUUUAAAUGUACGAUUUGUACGAAAGCAUUUGCCGAUAAAAGUAAUCUUAGAGCGCAUAUACAAACGCAUAGUAGUAAGCCAUAUUGUUGCGAACGUUGUGGAAAAUGUUUUGCAUUAAAAAGUUAUUUAACAAAACAUGAAGAAUCGACUUGUAUUAAAUCAAAUAAAAACAAAUUGAAAUCGUCCAACUAA